AUGAGUUACCCGAAUUCGAACUGGAACGCAGGCGGAGAAGGCUACAAUCAAUGGCCAGCACAAACUGGAUGGAACCAAGAUCCAAACACGGGAGCAUAUUUCCCUCCCAACACUGGCUACCCUCCAGCAGCAUACAACCAAGCCCCAGGAACAGGCUUACAAGGCCAGCAAUAUGCCGAUCCCAGAAACACAGUCUACAGCCCUGGUUAUCCGCAGCAAGCAGCCAGUCCUUACGGCAACUAUAAUGGCUACCAAGCUUCGUCUGCAUCGCAGCACCAGCCGUAUCCAUACCCAUCGUCGGGAAGCUCAUCCAGUCCUUAUGGGAGCCCGGCAGCUCCCCCGACAAUCCAGUUAACAGAAGGACCGCCCCCUACUCCCUCCGGCGGCCAGCGAAGCUGCUCCCACUGCGGCGCGACAAGCACCCCCGUUUGGCGUCGAGACCCCAAGACCCACGCGCCAUUGUGUAACGCAUGUGGGGUUUAUCUUUCCACGCGACGCGCCCCCCGGCCACAAGCACUCAUCGAUGUCGACCGCGAGCAAAUGACAAGCGAGUCUGAUAGCGGGGACCCAAGCGCCCCCAGCUGUUCCCACUGUGGAACACGCAAGACGAGUGUGUGGCGGAGGAACAAGGCGGGCGCGCAGAUCUGCAAUGCGUGUGGGGUUUAUGAGCGGAUGAAUGGACGACCAAGACCUCUAGAGUUGAGGAACGACAAGGUCAGACCGCGGGAGAAGCAUCGCGGAUGA